UAUAACUAUAUACAAUAAAUUGUUGCAAUCAUAAGUUUAGAAAAAACUCAAAGGCGAUAACAAAUAAUGACACAAGUGUUUCAACAUCUUCUAUCUAGAUCAAAGAACUGUAAUUGGGAAUUCUGGUAAUUAAAACACAAUCUAUCACAGUUUUUUCCCAAUAAGCCUAAUAGCUUACGACGCACUAAAUAAUUUAUAGUCAACACGUCACAAAGACGAUUAAUAGCUUUGUUUUUGUCGAUUAUUCUCUUAUAAGACCAAGCAUUAUUUUAUUUUUAUCAGUUUCACGUUCACAAAUAUGAAGUUUAAAUCAAUUAUAUCGCUGCUAGCAAUCUUGCUGAUUUCACAAUGCAAGUCGUCAAUAAUCAAGCCUCUGGAUUAUUCUAAACUUGACCUUGAAUUAUUCGACGCUCUAAAGGAACCUGUAACCCACCGACCUUUGGUACUAGAAGACGAUGAAGAUGAUAAAAAAGAGUCUGAAUAUAAAACCAACACUCUCCGACCGACUUUUGACAUCGACGACGAAUUUGGAGGUCAACCUACUACUAAAGAUGUUCAAGAAGAUGUUGAUAAAGCUACUGAAUCAUCUACCAUGCUGAAGUCUGAUAAUAUUUCCAAGGAUCUCAACAACUUAGUUGAUGAAAACAAGCUCAAUUCUUCAGUUGUUCUAGUUGAUAAUGUAAAUCAACCUGCAUCUACAUUUACGCAUCUUCCUGUUCCCCUUCCCCUUUCCUCUCCAACGCCUUUUGUUGCUCCGGUGGAUGACGAAAUUGAAACGUCACCUAAAGUUACUACAGUUGAUGAUAAAAGUGAACCUAAGCUUCUAGUUACUUCUGUUGAUGAUAAAAAGAGACAAGACUCUUCAAUUGUUCCAGUUGAUGAUGAAAAAUCUACAUCAAUUAAAGUUUCUCCAGUUGAUGAUCGAAAAGAACCUCAACCUUCAGUUACUUCAACUGAUGAUGCAAGCAAAUCCAAAUCUUCAGUUACUUCUGUUGAUGAUAAGAAGAAACCAACCCCUUCAAUUGUUCUGGUAGAUGAUGAUGGAGAAAUGUCAUCUAAAGUUACUCCAGAUGAUAGAAGUGAACCUAGGCUUCCAGUAACUUCUGUUGAUGAUAAAAAGACAUCAACUCCUUUAAUUGUUCCAGUUGAUGAUGAAAAAUCUACAUCAAUUAAAGUUUCUCCAGUUGAUGAUCAAAAAGAACCUCAACCUUUAGUUACUUCAACUGAUGAUGCAAGCAAAUCCAAAUCUUCAGUUACUUCUGUUGAUGAUAAGAAGAAACCAACCCCUUCAAUUGUUCUGGUAGAUGAUGAUGGAGAAAUGUCAUCUAAAGUUACUCCAGAUGAUAAAAGUGAACCUAGGCUUCCAGUAACUUCUGUUGAUGAUAAAAAGACAUCAACUCCUUCAAUUGUUCCAGUUGAUGAUGAAAAAUCUACAUCAAUUAAAGUUUCUCCAGUUGAUAAUCGAAAAGAACCUCAACCUUCAGUUACUUCAACUGAUGAUGCAAGCAAAUCCAAAUCUUCAGUUAUUUCUGUUGAUGAUAAAAAGAAAUCAAACCCUUCAAUUGUUUCAGUUGAUGAUGAUAAAGAAGUGUCAUCCAAUUUCACUCCAGUUGAUGUUCUAACAAAAUUUCAACCUUCGGUUAUUUCAACUGAUAAUGAAAACAAAACAAUUCCUUCAACUACUCCAGUUGAUGACAAAAACAAAUCUAAAACUCCAGUACUUUUAAAAAAUAACGUAAGUGAAUCCGAAUCUCCAACAAUUCCGAAAAAUGAUAUGACAGCUCAAUCUUCAGAUGCUCCUAUUGAUAACAAAAAGUCUCGAAUUCAUCGAGUAGCUGUAUUCACCAACGAAGAUGAAAUGAAAUAUAUCAAUCCCUUUUCCGACAAGUUCAACAUAGAUCUUGUUGAUAUUCUUAAGUCUGACUCUGCAAAACCAAAGAACAAUGAUGACAACGAACUUAAACCCAUAAGCUUAGACAAUCCGGAUACUAAACCACCACCUAUCACAUCAGAUAACAAAGACCGCAAGUCUGGCUCAGAGAUUCCUCCUUAUGCUAAGUACAACGUGGAUCUGCUUGAUCACAAUAAACAUGGUCCGUUUCAACCAAUACCACCAGCCAUUAGCGCAUUACCACUGAUUCCACCAGCAUUUUCUCGUAUUCCUGCAAUCCCGCAAAUUCCAGACAUGUUCAUCCCCCAAAUUCCUUCUUUAUACAUUCCAAGACCUUCAGCCUUUCAAUUUCCACAAUUUCCACCACAUUUUCCGUUUGUUAGAAAUUCUCCAGCUUUAAACCACAGAACUGGACCUUUUAAUAAUCACUUUUACUACCGUCACCCAACCCAGCAAGUUCCAAUUUUCAACCAUCAUCCCUACCACCAUUAUCCAAACCAGGGAAUCAAAAAUUCCAACAAUCACCUCUAUCGUCAUUAUCUGACCCAAGAAACCAGAAAUUUCCACAAUCAUCUCUCCCACAGUUAUCGAAACAACAAAAUGCAAAAUUCCAACUAUAACCUUAACCACCUUCACCUACAAUACAAAUGA